AUGUCUUCUAUUCUCAAGCGGAAAUCAAAUGCCUUUACUGCCCAAAGCCUGAAGAAACCAAUUAAUGAAGAUAGUCCAGUUAGGAUUGCUGUACUCGGAGGACCGAAGAGUGGGAAAACAUCAAUAAUAUCAAAAUUAUCAUUAGGGAACUUUAGUGAUACUUAUUAUCCAACUCAUCUGGUUCAACCUAUAUUAUUUCAAUUCAGUCCCAAUUCAGAUUUAGCCAAUUCAAUUUUAGAUGAAAAUGUUCCGGAAUUGGUGUUAAAUUCAAUUAAGCAAAAUAAUAAUAUUCAAUUAAGUCCAGUAUUAAAUGAUUCAUUUAAGAAGAUUAUCCCUAUUAGUCAUAAUAAUACUCAUUCACAUAUACAUACAAAUACCUUACAAUCUGAAUCAGUUAAAUUGGUUGUCAAAUCGAAAAAUAAUUACUAUAUUUCAUAUAAUACAGAAGUAGAAUUAUCAAAUUCAGAAUAUACUCCUCCUCAUAUAACUCCAAUAUUAGUUGAAUUAAUUGAUACUCAAUCAUUUGAUCCUAAUUUAGCAGUACCGUUUUUAGAGGCUUCAUUAUAUGUUAAAUUAGAUAAAGGUAUAUUACAUAAUUUGGCUAAUGAACCAAGAAAACCAGUCUCUACAAAUCCAUUACUUGUAGCUAGUGGAGCCAGUGAAUUAAAUGGGAAUAUUGAUGGAUAUUUCUUUGUAUAUAGUGCUGUUCCAUCACAAGAACCUCCAUCAUAUGAAGAAAUAACUAGUUUUACUUCAAAUAUAAGUACAGUUACUACCGGGAGUAGUAAAAGUAUUAUAAGUCAUGAAACAAGUGAAUUACCAGAUUUAGAAGAACUUCCAGGUGAUAAAACAUUUCAUUUAUUAUCUAUUAUGAAAGGUGCAUUAGAUGAAGCUUGGAAAGAAUAUUAUAAUUUUAAACGAAGAUGGAAUCAAGGUAAAGAACAUGAUAUUUUUUCAUUUAAAGAAGCAAUGAAAAGUCUUUGGAGUGAACAAAAUCUCAUAGAUGGACAAACAUUUAAACGAGAAAUUAGAGGAGAUACUAAGAUGGUUGAUAAUCCUACAGAUCCAUCAGAUCCUGAUAGUCCUCCCCCAAUUUGGUUAAUUUGUACUCAUAUUGCUAGUCCAUUUGCAUCACCCAAAUUAAUCGAGAAUGGAGAAAAAGUUGCUGAGUUUUGGAAAUGUGGAUUUGUAGGAAUUGACAACACUAAUGAUAACAUAGAUGAAGCGUUAGCUUUAUUGAUAAGGGAAAUUACGGAACGCAAAAAAUUACAACGGGUUAGAAAGAAAUAG